AUGGGUGCCAACUUUGCGCAUAGGCGGCUCGGGAAAGAGUUGACAAAAAUCACCGACAACCUCCCGGCGGGCAUCUCCCUUGUGUCUGCCGAUGACCUCGAGACGUGGUUCCUGGACAUCAAGGUUCUCGACGACAAUCCGCUCUAUCCAGAUGUUUACAGACUGAUGUUCAGGUUUGGGCACCAGUACCCAAUCGAGCCGCCUGAGGUGACCUUCGUUCAAAAGCCCGACCGACCAAUACCGAUACACCCCCACAUCUACUCGAACGGCAUCAUCUGUCUUGACCUCCUGGGCCAGCAAGGAUGGAGCCCGGUGCAGAACGUUGAGAGCGUGUGCAUGUCACUGCAAAGCAUGUUGACGGGCAACACCAAGAACGAACGACCGCCCGGUGACGAGGAAUUCGUCCGAAGCAAUCGACUGCGGCCAAGGGACAUCGAUUUCUACUACCAUGACAACAAAGUCUAG